UUAAAUCACCAAAAUGUUAUACAAUAACUUGAGCCUAUGCAUCGCCCUUUAGAUGUCAGUUCCCUUCUUGAAACAAAGCUAUCACGACACAACAUUUCACGAAAAUCGGUUGAGUGGUUUAGUUAUGACAGUGUAAGAGAUAUCCCAAAAGAUUUCGUUUCAUAGUAGUAUGUAGGUACGAUUUGGUACGUGUGUACUCGUACACAACGAUUUGGAUUAUCAUUCAACGGUCAAAUGAUAAUUGAGUAUUUAUGAAAGGUCAAGGAGGACAAUUUGUGUUGUUCAAGAAUGCAGUCAUUGCAAAAGUCUUUAAUACAAUUGGAACAACUUCUUUCUUGAAAUUCCGUCAUAUUUCCCGAGAUUUAAAGAGUCUUACCGAAGAAGAAUCCGAAGAGCAAAUCCAGUACAUGCAUCGAGAUAGAAACAGACAGAGCUAUCUGCGCUCUUGCGUGAUGGAUGCUAAUAUCGAUCCAGUCUGCCGCGAGCACGCGAGCACGGCCGUCGUGCCGCGCGCCCCUCGCCUAAAUAAUGCCGUCUUGUGUUAUUUCAUGGUGUAAAAACCGCUCCGAUGUCAACAUGGCAGCCGGAGGGGUUACAUAUCACAAGUUCCCAUUUCAUCCAGAAUGGAAACGAAAAUGGGUUGAAGCCGUACGGGAAAGUAGGCGGCAGGAUGACUGGAGGCCUUCGAAGCACAGUGUAGUCUGUUCUUUACAUUUUGAUGAGAACGACAUAUAUGCGACCAAGACUGGACGAAAGCGGGUCAAAACUAACGCAGCUCCAACAAAGUUACGGUACGUGCCGCCUGCACCUCAAGAUUAUGAUUCCGACCUGUCCUCGUCUGAUGAUGAGGUUCUCAUUCAACCACAACAACUACCACGUGCGGAUAUUAACUCGUCGCCGGAGCCGCAACGUGAACAGGCACCAGAACCAGAACCAAGCCCAGCAGCGGCAUUACAACCAGCCCCGCCAACAAAUUCUUCUGGUAAUCCAAAUAAGCCGCAGAAAUCUGUGCAAGUCCAACACUUAGAUUCCACACAAGAUCUGACAGGUGACAUAGAACAGGACUCAUCACAAGACCGACAUUCAGGUCCUACACAGGAUCCGCAACUACACACCACGACCACCGAUGGAGAAAUCAUCCCAGUCUUGGAAGUUGAAGAUGAAACACAAGAUGUAGACGGAGAGCCGACACAAGGUUUAGAACUGGAUUCGACAGUAGAUCUGACUCAGGGAGCGGAACAAGAAGUGUAUGAACGUCAAGAACAAGAAGUGGAAGAACAAGAAGUUAGACCUAAGUCAUCAUCGUCAUCAUCGUCAUCUUCCUCGUCAUCAUCAUCUUCUUCAUCGUCCUCAUCAUCAUCAUCGUCGUCAUCAUCGUCAUCAUCAGACUCAGAUUCUGAUUCCGAUACUGAGAGUAGUAAGAAAAAACCUCUCGUUUUAAAUUACCUGCAAGUCAUGAAACCGGAAGAAAAGCCAUCAAAACCACGCAUAGCAGAAUUGGAUGCGAUAUUUGAUCCCUAUAAGAAUAAUAAGAGCUUGAUGCACGCUAGACGAUAUCAGAAAGCUCCUAAAGUUCUGAAAAAGCCUAAAGGCGACCCGAAAAUAAAAGCUAUGUUAAAACGUUUAAGGAAAACGUAAAUGUUUACUUCGAAUUUAUAAAGAUUGUGAAAGCAUCGAGCUUUAAAAUAUUAAGAAAGAAAUUAUGCUCAAAUGGUUUUGAAAACGUCGGCUUAAAAAGGGUAAUGUUCUAUUUGGGAAGCAAAAGGGAUCUUACAUUUUAUAAUGAGCACAACGAUCCAAAGGGUCGCAUUUAAUGGAAAAUUAGCAGACUAACUACCUAGGCAAUAAGAAUUUAAUCCAAAGACCAGAAGUUUAAAAAGUUCUUUUUUUAACUGAAUACCGAACAGAGAACUUAAAAACUUGUCAUAAUUUACUCUAUUGAGUGACUGAAACUGUAUAUUGAAUUGAAGUUAGCUUAUUGAUGAUGAAAUGAAAGAACGAGUCGAUAAUUUUGGGAAAACAAGCACCCAUAGAAGUGUCAUUGCCACAAGCGUGGACGAUGACAAAAUGACCCAAAACAAUCUUUUAAAUACAUGAUAUUCUCUCUAAUUGUCUCUUUCAUAAAGAAAUUAUAAUACGAUUGUAGAAGUGCCACUUGUUGAUAAAUGAAGUAACUUCAUUUAAUGUGGGUGAAGUAUGAACAGUGAUCUCUCUUUUAUACUUUUUAUAUUAACCUAUGCUAUACCUACCUAUAUUGUGUGUUGUGAAUUCGUGUAUGUAGAUAAACAGAAGACUUAAUACAUGUGCAGUGCAUAUAGGGCAUUUUAGGAUAACAUUUUAUCGUAGUUAUAUUAUUAAUCUGCGAUUUUUUUGCGAGAGUUUUUUUAAGCCUUUGAGCAAAUAAUGAUUAUUAUAAAAACCAACAUGCUACGUCACAAAAAAGGCCUAAGCUUGAAUUUAUACUAAUCCCGUGAUUAGAAAUCCGAAAAAUAUCUUGAACACAACUGGGUGAGUUAUUCCUAUACUAUUACUAUUUUUACUUGCUGUUCCUAUUACGUAUACAUAUUUUUAGUACUCGUAUAUAAAUGUGAGUAUUUGUACUGUUAUUUGUAAAUUAGGUAGGAAACAUAUUACUUAGGAGACUGACUUCUAGCAUUCAUUAAAAUUCAUUUGUUUCACUUCCAAUGCCGCGUAAUUUUAGCGCCAAAUAAUUUCCAAAAUUGGAAUAUAAUAUUUAGAUUUAAAAUUUGCACCUGCGA